AUGCAGCUUUCCUUCCCAACCGUAAUCGCCACCCUUGCUGCUGUCUUUGCUGUAGCCACUCCAGCAGCUGCCCAGGCUUGUGCCGAGGUUGAAAGGUUUGGCGUUGUUACAAUCAGUCCUACCACGCUCUCUCCCGGUGAUACCUUUACUGUGACAGCAAAUUUUAGCUGCGCUGCCCAACUUGGUGUGAAUCCCGAAUACAUCGACUACUACAUCAAAGUCCCUGUGAAUAACAACGGCUUCGAACCUCCUAUCCUACUUGCUCGUCGUACCCUCAAUCCGAGCUCGGCAACUCCUCUCCUCGAUUCAUUCACAACUCAGCUUCCUUAUGCAAACUACUUCAAUGCCUCUUACGUGGUGAUACUGGACACUACUUAUCCGGUGAACGGAACAAAUGGCUCUCCAUACUCUGUUGUUGGAAGCGUUGAGAUUCCCAUCAGCAUCCUCUAA